AUGGCCUCUUUCCUCGUUUCUGCCCUUCUCGCCUCUGUUGCGGUCGCUUCACCCUUGACAGGUGGCGUGCCCACCAAUGUCAAGGUUCUCUCAGCCGAGGACCCCGCCUACGAGCAGCUGAACUCCAAUUGGGCUGGUGCUGUCCUCCGCAAGGACGGGGGUACCUUCCAGGCCGUGACUGGCUCGUUCAAGGUUCCCAAACCUACCGGCGAGGGCUCCGCGGCUAUCUGGGUUGGCGUCGACGGCAUGGAUUGCGGUGUAAUCCUUCAGACCGGUGUUGAUGCCAGCAUCAAGGGCGGACAGGUGUCCUACUCGUCUUGGUACGAGUGGUUCCCUGACCCUUCCUACACGUUCGACAACAUCGACUUCGCCGCCGGUGACGAUGUCACCCUGACCGCGACCACGCACUCGACGACGACGGGAACGGUGACGAUCGAGAACAAGACGAAGAACCAGAAGGUGACCAAGGACGUGAGCUCGACCUCCGCGCUCUGCCAGAAGAACGCGGAGUGGAUUGUUGAGGACUACUCGUCCGGCGGGCUCGUCGAGUUCGACAACUUCGGCACUGUCACGUUCACGAGCGCGACCGCUACGACGGGCUCUGGCAGCGUCGGCCCCGACGGCGCGACGAUUGUUGAUAUCGCGCAGAACGGCACGCAGUUGACGCAGUCGUCGGUGGCGAACGGGCAGGUUACUAUCAAGCACACGUAGAGCUUCGUAGCGUUUGUCGCCGUGUUUUAGCCUUUGCGUGGACAGGACAUAACUUAUAAUAAACUAUACAUUCCUUGCUAGCGG